CUCUUCAAUUAGACAAAAGAACAUAAUCUAAAAAACAAUUUUAAAACUCUUGCCGCAUCUCAAAUUUCGUACUAAAGUAGAUAAUUUCAUCCAAACCCAACCUUAAUGAUGGACAAAAUACUAAUUAAGCUAGAAGCUAAGUGCUAACCUUUCUUUCAAUCAUACACUUAUUUCCAUUGUUUCUUGAUGAUCAUUAUAUCGAUCUCCAAUUCAAAGUUAACUAUAUUUGAUAUAUUAUGUUUGGCCAACAAUAUUUCAUUGCUUUUUUAUAUAUAUUUAUGAAAAAGACUAUGUUUAUGUUUGUAGAAGCAUGAGGCAUGAUGACAGUCAAGUAUGAAGUGAGAGCUAGUUCUAUUGGUGAAGAGGAGUGUCGUUCUUGCUGAGAUCAGAAGCUGCUGGUUAAUGUCUAGCUAUUAGUUUGUUGAAUUGAAUAUAAUCUUGUGUGUAGUUUUAUUUUCUAAGCUAUGCUAUGCAACUUGUUAUGUGAUGAUUGUGAUCUUUAAGGGUUCUGAAUGUUGUCUUUAGAGGAGCGUGAGUAGCUUUCUAGUUGUUCAACGUGAUCAAAGGAUUGAAUAUGUUGGGUAUAUAUUUAUUUGAAUGAAUGUUUCUUGGUGCUUGAUGAGAAAGUACGUGUGCAGUGGAUGUUCCAAUAUGCCUUCCUGGAGUGUUGUCUUUGGGCAGAAGAUUAAUCAUGAUGAUGAGGGGUUCAGUGGCUGCCCCCAAACAGCUAACAAUGGCGCCAUGAUGCAUAUAGGUAAAUCAGGCACAAGGGCUGGGAUCUCCCUUGUGGCCUUUCAGAGCUAAAAAUUCCUCUAUUUCUGAUCCUAUUUUCAGUUUAUGUUUUUGUCCUUGUUUGAUGCUUUUACCUGUGUGAUGGACAUAUCUCAAGGUGGUUUAAGGGAUGUACCAUCUUUGGCUGGGUGGUUGAUUUUAAAUUAUUGCCAGAAAAAGAAAGCAUUGCUUGUCUGGUGCUCUCUCUUGGACUGCCUUGGUCUGCAGGUUUGGCUCACUUGGAUGUCGUAGAAAUUACCAAGACUUUUCAGCAAUUCCUUUGGUGCUAUCUAGCUUCAUUCUGCCACACCAUCUCUGGGUAGUAGGUGUGCCAGUAUUCAAGCUAAUGAGCUGCUUGGAUAGGAGGAUGUCCUUCUUGAUUCAACCAAGAGAUUUGUUGUCCUCUUACUUAUCCGUGUCUGGCUGCAGAUUUA